ACCGGGUCGUCCUCUUCAUCAGGACCACCUUCUAGUACCGGGUCGUCCUCUUCAUCAGGUCUAUCUUCUAGUACCGGGUCGUCCUCUUCAUCAGGUCCGCCUUCUAGUACCGGGUCGUCCUCUUCAUCAGGUCUAUCUUCUAGUACCGGGUCGUCCUCUUCAUCGGGACCACCUUCUAGUGCCGGGUCGUCCUCUUCAUCUGGUCCGCCCUCUAGUACCGGGUCGUCCUCUUCAUCAGGACCGCCUUCUAGUACCGGGUCGUCCUCUUCAUCAGGACCGCCUUCUAGUACCGGGUCGUCCUCUUCAUCAGGACCGCCUUCUAGUACCGGGUCGUCCUCUUCAUCAGGACCGCCUUCUAGUACCGGGUCGUCCUCUUCAUCAGGACCGCCUUCUAGUACCGGGUCGUCCUCUUCAUCAGGUCCACCUUCUAGUACCGGGUCGUCCUCUUCAUCAGGUCCAUCUUCUAGUAUCGGGUCGUCCUCUUCAUCAGGACCGCCUUCUAGUACCGGGUCGUCCUCUUCAUCAGGACCGCCUUCUAGUACCGGGUCGUCCUCUUCAUCAGGACCGCCUUCUAGUACCGGGUCGUCCUCUUCAUCAGGACCGCCUUCUAGUACCGGGUCGUCCUCUUCAUCAGGUCCAUCUUCUAGUAUCGGGUCGUCCUCUUCAUCAGGACCGCCUUCUAGUACCGGGUCGUCCUCUUCAUCAGGUCCACCUUCUAGUAUCGGGUCGUCCUCUUCAUCAGGUCCACCUUCUAGUACCGGGUCGUCCUCUUCAUCAGGACCACCUUCUAGUACCGGGUCGUCCUCUUCAUCAGGUCUAUCUUCUAGUACCGGGUCGUCCUCUUCAUCAGGUCCGCCUUCUAGUACCGGGUCGUCCUCUUCAUCAGGUCUAUCUUCUAGUACCGGGUCGUCCUCUUCAUCGGGACCACCUUCUAGUGCCGGGUCGUCCUCUUCAUCGGGUCCGCCCUCUAGUACCGGGUCGUCCUCUUCAUCAGGACCGCCUUCUAGUACCGGGUCGUCCUCUUCAUCAGGUCCUCCUUCUAGUACCGGGUCGUCCUCUUCAUCAGGUCCAUCUUCUAGUAUCGGGUCGUCCUCUUCAUCAGGACCGCCUUCUAGUACCGGGUCGUCCUCUUCAUCAGGUCCACCUUCUAGUACCGGGUCGUCCUCUUCAUCAGGUCCACCUUCUAGUACCGGGUCGUCCUCUUCAUCAGGACCGCCUUCUAGUACCGGGUCGUCCUCUUCAUCAGGACCGCCUUCUAGUACCGGGUCGUCCUCUUCAUCAGGUCUAUCUUCUAGUACCGGGUCGUCCUCUUCAUCAGGACCGCCUUCUAGUACCGGGUCGUCCUCUUCAUCAGGUCUAUCUUCUAGUACCGGGUCGUCCUCUUCAUCAGGUCUAUCUUCUAGUACCGGGUCGUCCUCUUCAUCGGGACCACCUUCUAGUGCCGGGUCGUCCUCUUCAUCGGGUCCGCCCUCUAGUACCGGGUCGUCCUCUUCAUCAGGACCACCUUCUAGUACCGGGUCGUCCUCUUCAUCAGGACCACCUUCUAGUACCGGGUCGUCCUCUUCAUCAGGUCCACCUUCUAGUACCGGGUCGUCCUCU